CUAGAAGACCAAGACUCCCUCGAAUCCACAAGCCACAAGCAAUACAGAACAUGCUAAUUCUAGACUCUUCUGAAUCCAUCACACCAGGAUUCAAUAUCCACCGUCCAUUAUCUUUCCAGCACACUUCACCCAUCCUCAUAUAAAUAUCUCUCUCCCUCAAUUCUUCUACGCUAUUCAUUCUCUGAAUUUUACCUUGCGUGUCCAGAGCCUUCUCAAGGUGAAGAAGCGAAAUCCAAAGUUUUUGAUUUUUGGGUUCGUGGUUUUUUUUUUCAGUGUGUUCGAUUUUGUAUAGAGAGGAGACGAGAUGUUUGGGAGAGCACCUAAGAAGAGUGAUAAUACCAGGUAUUAUGAGAUUCUGGGAGUGUCCAAGAACGCUAGCCAGGACGAUUUGAAGAAGGCUUACAGGAAAGCAGCAAUCAAAAACCAUCCUGACAAGGGUGGCGAUCCUGAGAAGUUCAAAGAGCUGGCCCAGGCUUAUGAAGUUUUGAGUGAUCCAGAGAAGCGUGAGAUCUAUGAUCAAUAUGGUGAGGAUGCACUUAAGGAAGGAAUGGGUGGUGGUGGUGGUGUCCACAACCCUUUUGACAUUUUUGAAUCCUUCUUUGGUGGGAGCCCAUUUGGAGGUGGCAGCAGUCGGGGAAGGAGGCAGAGGCAAGGAGAGGACGUGGUUCAUCCAUUGAAGGUCUCUUUGGAGGAUCUAUAUCUGGGUACAACUAAGAAGCUCUCUCUCUCCCGUAAUGUGAUAUGCUCCAAGUGUAACGGAAAGGGAUCAAAGUCUGGAGCUUCCAUGAAAUGUCCUGGUUGCCAGGGCACUGGUGUGAAGAUCUCAGUGAGGCAGCUUGGCCCAUCAAUGAUUCAGCAGAUGCAGCAUUCUUGUAAUGAAUGUAAGGGAACUGGAGAGUCUAUUAGUGAGAAGGACAAAUGCACGCAAUGCAAGGGGGAGAAGGUUGUUCCUGAGAAGAAGGUGUUGGAGGUCAUAGUGGAGAAGGGCAUGCAUCAUGGACAGAAAAUUACAUUCCCUGGUGAAGCUGAUGAAGCGCCUGAUACAAUCACUGGAGAUAUAGUUUUUGUACUUCAGCAAAAGGAACAUCCAAAAUUCAAGAGAAAGGGCGAUGACCUUAUUGUGGAGCACACUCUGGCCCUCACUGAAGCUCUUUGCGGGUUUCAGUUUGUAUUGACACACCUGGAUGGCAGACAGCUUCUUAUAAAAUCAAACCCCGGGGAUGUUGUCAAACCUGACUCAUACAAGGGAAUCAAUGACGAGGGUAUGCCCAUGUACCAAAGGCCAUUCAUGAAGGGGAAGCUAUACAUUCAUUUCAAUGUGGAGUUCCCUGAUUAUUUGGCCGCAGAUCAGGUUAAGGCGCUUGAGGUGAUUUUGCCUGCAAGGCCAUCGAGUCAGUUGACAGAUAUGGAGCUAGAUGUGUGUGAGGAGACUACACUGCAUGAUGUUAAUAUGGAGGAGGAGAUGAGAAGGAAGCAGCAACAGGCUCGACAGGAGGCAUAUGAAGAGGAUGAAGAUACGCCUAGCGGCGCACAGAGGGUUCAAUGUGCCCAGCAGUGAUUUAAUUCAAUUUAGUGCUGUAGGUUGGGCUACUUGUGGAGCUUGAAACAUGAAUACAUGUAAUGGACUUGUAAACCAAGUGGUUUUGUGAUGAUAAUCUUGAAAAUUUUAAAGAAAAUGACAGGAUUUUCUUAAAUGUUAA